AUGGAUGAGAUAAUUGAUAGAACCACCCAAUUGUCUGUCAAUUCUAAUAAUAACCAUAUGGGACGCAAUAACCCUUCUUUGGAUAAUCUGCAUAAUGAGAAUGGAGUCUUACAAGGAAAUGGAGCUUCAAGACCAGAAGAAAUAUCUUUCCAGAAUGCUAAUUAUCUUGGCAGACAAAAUUGCGAUGGAAUCGAAUGUGUUGGACCCAACGACAGUAAAUGUAACAGUACCAAUGAAGGAAGGGAAGAUCAUAAAGUUUAUGUUCGGGGUGUCAGUUCGCAGUGGAAUACAAACAGGAACAAUAACAAACAAAAUGGUGUACAAAAACAACAAAUCAAUAGCAAUGGCGAGGGGAAAUAUACCGAUAUUACAAUGGUGCCAUUUGAAUGUUGCCCAAACCAGAAGAGAAUCCGAUCAUUGCAACUAUCCUUGGGGCAACUGCGCCGAACCGGUGUCUUGGCGGGCAAUGCAUGGACAAAAGAGAAGCCAAAGACACCGUGUCAUCUUGUGGUCCCGAACGUUCAAUCUACUGAAGCAAGAAUUCCGGAGGAUGAAUCUCAAGAAGGUUGCAAGAUUCUGGAAAAUCCAUUUAUGUUAGUCGAAACGAUUGCAAAUAAAAAAGAUCGUAAACGCGUUGCAAAUUAUCUUAACCGUAAGCUUGAAGUUCUGGGGGAUCCUUCUACUUGUAUAUGUUAUAUGCAAAUCAUUAAAGAGCAUGGUUUUGAUCAUAUCAUUACCAUUGGGGAAAGUCACGUUGGAAUUCUUUUCCUGGACUGUUAUGGUCGUGUGUUCGAAUGGUCCUCAAUGUGUGAUGUUUUAUGGCCACUUGGGGAUUAUGAGAAUGAUGCGACAAAGGAGUCUUGGAAUGGGCGGCAUGUAAUAUGGGGUUUAGAGUUUGAUGCGACAAAGGAGUCUUGGAAUGGGCGGCAUGUAAUAUGGGGUUUAGAGUUUGAUGGGACUCUUGUUGAAUUUGAGGACGUUAAGGAUGGCAUAAAUAAUAAAGCAGAUGGUUUGAUAGCAAAGAAAGUGCUAGAAGUUUAG